CGAAUACGGAGUUAUUCAAGCUGUCAGUGGCAUGCAGGGAUGCAAUGACUGCAUGUCGACGUUCUUUGUGGAUAAUCGUGCUGCUCCUUCUGACAGUCGUCACGUCCAGAUGCGAAGCGCGCACGCUUCGUCAGAAGCGUUCUCUGGCACUCAAACAUGUCAAAACAUGGCCAAACGGUGUCGUUCCAUACAUUAUUAAGACUCAUUCGGCCAAUUCAAGUGAAAGCGAAGAUGCAUUUUCUGAGAUCGAUAAGAUAUUGAUUCAGAAAGCAAUGGAUACCAUAGAACAGGAGACGUGUGUCAAAUUUGAGCAGAUUGAAGAGGGUUCAAACAGGAAAAGGUCACCAUAUGUUGAGAUAUCUUGGAGGAACGACAAGCACUGUUACGCCACCCUUGGCAUGAUGACCGAAGGAAAAAACGAAAUUGUUUUGAAUUCUUUGUGCCGUACGGUGGGUCAAAUUCUUCACGAACUGGCGCAUACUUUGGGACUUCUUCACGAAAUCAUGCGGCCUGACCGGAAUGAGUACAUCGUUCUGCACGAAGAGAACAUUGCAAAGCACUACAAGCAAGAAUUUGACAUACAACCAGCUUUGUAUACACAUUUAUGGGACAGGACUUUUGACUUUCAGUCGAUUACCCUUUACGAUCCCUUUUCUUUCGCCAUGAGUUCGAAACCGGUGUGGGAACCCCGAAAGCAUCUUAAAAACACUCCGUUGUUUCCUUUACGAGAAAAAGACUUGUCAUUUGAGGACACAGCUGCAAUUAAUAGGCUAUACAACUGUGCAGUGAAUUGUACACAAAGGAAACGAAAGUGCAACGGGAAUGCUUUUUUGACCGCAAGAUGUCGGUGUGAAACUGCAGAAUCUUACGCCUACAGACGAUGUCGGGAUGACCAAGCUCAUCGAGACUUUUGCAGCGAUGCAAUUGAAAAAAACAAGUGUUAUGACAAUGCCAUCGUGGCAAUUCCAUUUUGCCGGAAAACCUGUGGACGAUGCUUUAGAGCUGGGAUUUUUGGAAAGUCUUCCCCUCCGAUGAAAAGAUGUGUCGACCUUGAACCGAAGCAGUGUCCCAGGCUCAUUAAAGAAGGCUAUUGCUACUUCGAUGCGUGGACCAAAAUUCAUUGCCAGCAAUCUUGUGGUCUUUGUCCUCCUCCGGAUGUUGCCAAAAGACAGACGUACUCUUUGGACGCAAGGGAGUACCUGCUAGCCUACCAGACAGGAGAUUGUUACAACAGGUUCGAUGAUCUGAAGUGUAUGAUCUUCGCUGAAAGUGGACACUGCAAAGGGAACCCGAGUUUCAUGACAAGCUACUGUGCACUUUCCUGCGGAAACUGUCAUAAACAAAACAAUUCAGACCUAUCUUAUUUGCGCAUUGCACAAAUUGGCUGUCGGAACCUCAUCGAUGAUGAACGGUGCAAUGCUUUAGCAAGCGAGCAUAAAUGCCGGGGUGUAACACUUAAACAAUGUAUGCUAUCAUGUGGUGUGUGCCGUGAUGAGAGCCCAAAGCCAACCACCUUGCCAAAACCAACAACCACACCAGCCGCCAAGGUAAGACGUCAGUGCAAGGACAAAUCUACCAUGUGUCCGUGGUUGGCUGAGCACGGUCACUGUCUCACGAAACCAGAGCAAAUGGAACAACUGUGUCCACUGUCCUGCAAGUUCUGCCUGGAGGAUUGCGUAGAUCUCGAUCCACCCCAUAUUUGUGCGGAUGUCAAAAAGAGAGGUUACUGCAUCUAUGAUGCAGGUCAUGCCUCGCGCUGUGCGAAAUCUUGCGGUCUAUGCAAGACGCAGCAACCGAACACAUCUUCAUCCAAACGGGGUGAAGACAUUGGGGAUAAGGAAGGAACGCAAUCAGAAGUCAUCGAGAAAGUAGACGAGCCCUGCACAGAGACUGACGCAUCCAAAUACUCACCGACAAAGGAGGAGGAAUCAACACUAAAAAAGAAAAUGCACAGUAAGUCAAGUAAAACCGUUCAUGGAUAGGAAGGUAAAUGGCAACGGGUCCCUCAGCCUUGCAUCGAAAACCGGUGCACUCGUUCCACAACUGGUACAGACAAAAAUACAUCGGUUCACCCAUUUCUCCGACAUCAUCUUUCUGAAUGAAUGCUGACAAGACGUGACCACUUCUUCAAUUCUGAACGCGACAAUUCUGGACGAAACUCACAAACUGACUUCGCAUUUUGGAGCAACCGAUUUCCCAUAAAAUUUCUAUUCAGCUGAGUAGGCGCAUGUCAAUCUUCGUCAUCAUCAUUAUUCGAAUAAGUGUACCAAAACUAAAUGCUUCAUUAAAACAACGCUUUUUAUUUCAUACAGUCUCAGUUCACAACUGAAUCUUACCCGCAAUUUUUAUGAAUUUUUUCUGCACAUUUUACAAGUUUUCUGAUCCUUGUUGCCGUGCCUAAAAAGAUUUUGUUUCUAUCUCCUUUUAUGGAUCUUGGGGUAUCCACAUCUGCGGUUACUCUUCCCGUCUGCUAACUAACUACGUCUUCUCAAAAUCGCAUUUUUUAUUUAAAAGUUGGGAUGAGCAAUUCUU